AUGACACAAUUGUCUUCUCCUAAUACAAUUGCAAAUGUUGACUCUGUACGACUUGACGAUAUUAACUUUUUACCUGCUUUACAACUUUAUGAAAACGAAGAAUUGGACGAUAAUGAUGAUGACCAUAAUGAAGAAAGCUCAUUCUCGGAUAACGACUGGGAGGCCGUUGUCCUAGGAAAUACCGACCAACUGGAUGAACAAAUUUUAUUGAACGAUACUUGUAGGUCUACUAAGGAGAAUACGCCUACUAAACCCCAAAAGCAAUUGACUUUGGAUGGUUCCAUCGACAAACGACAAACUUAUGUAGCUAAAAGGAUCGAGGUGAAGGAAGGUCAAAUCACACACUACCUGGACCGGUCUCUUGCAGCGCAUUGGAUUUACCCUACCUGUGUCCCCUUACGACAAUACCAAUACAACUUUUCAGCAAGUGCAUUAUUUAACAAUGUCUUGCUAGCAUUACCAACUGGUUUAGGUAAAACUUUUAUUGCAGCUGUUGUUAUGAUGAAUUAUUAUCGAUGGUUUCCUCAAAGCAACAUUGCUUUUCUCGCACCGACGAAACCGCUUCUUUAUCAACAAAUGCAAGCUUGUAUUCACUUAACGGGUAUCCCUGAAUCAAGCAUCGUUGAACUUAAUGGCGAAGUGAAACCAGAACUACGUAAGCAGUUAUUUCGGGAUAAGCGUGUAUUCUUCGUGACUCCUCAGACUUUGAAUAAUGACAUACAAACGGAAGUGUGCGAUCCACGCUUGUUUGUUUGUUUAGUGUUUGAUGAGGCACACCGAGCUACAGGGUUGCACCCAUAUGCUCAAGUGCUUCGUUCUGUGCUUCGCUACAACACUAGCUUUCGGGUAUUAGCAUUGACGGCUACGCCUGGUUCCAAUGCAACUCAAAUUCAGAAAGUCGUUGACGCGCUUCACAUCUCAAAAAUUAUUAUUCGAAACGAUGACAGUUUGGACAUACGACCUUAUAUUCACACAAAAUGCGUUCGCACUGUUUCCUUUACCCUUAACGACCUGAUGCAAAGGGUUCAGACUACUUUUGCUGGUCUGUAUAAACCUUUUUUUCAAUUCCUAAAGGCGUGCAAAGCUUUACCGAAAUCAAUGACUGAUUAUGUACAUUUACGCUCGUUCCCUGUAUAUAGAGCAUGCAGAUCUUAUGCCAUGUCUUCCACACGAGCGAACGCCUCUCAUCGUAAAAAGGUUCUGAGUGCUUUUCAUGCUUUGAUUACAUGUACUCACUUAGUAUACCUUUUAGAGUGUCAUGGAUUAUCGCAGUUUUACGAAAAGCUUGUGGAAAUACAAAAGCAAGCAAGGGAAAAGGGUUUUGGUGAACUUUAUCAAUUGUCCUGCAAUACCCAAUAUCAAUUACUAAUUGAAUAUCUUCAGGAAGAAAUAUCAAAAGAUGGCUAUAUUAGUCACCCAAAAAUCGAAAAACUAAAAGAGUUACUUGAAAAGCACUUCACGAAAGCUAGCCAAGAAAAGCAGAACACAAGAGUAAUGAUUUUUACUGAAUUUCGGUCAACGGCUGAAAUAAUCAUGGAAAGUUUAGCUACUUUUGAUGACUGUGUACGACCAUCGCUUUUUGUUGGCCAAGCUAGUCGCAGUGAAUCAUUUGGAAUGUCACAAAAGUUGCAGAAAGAGAUCCUACAACGUUACCGUUCUGGUUUAAUUAAUACCUUAAUAGCAACGUCAAUUGGUGAGGAGGGUCUAGAUAUCCAAGACACUGAUAUGAUUAUUUGCUAUGAUGUUUCUUCUUCCCCCAUUCGUAUGCUGCAACGAAUAGGUCGAACUGGCAGAAAGCGGAAUGGACUAGCAUACAUAUUUCUUACUCAAAAUUGUGAAGACAAUAAGUGGCAACGUGCGAAGGACUCUUACCGGCGUGUUCAAAAGCAACUCGAAAGUGGAAAGAAGGUUCAAUUGAAGACAGACGUUCCUCGUAUUUUACCCGCCGAUAUAGUGCCGGAAUGCUUAUUCGUGGAUAACACUGAACAGCGUGUCCAAGCACAAUUGGAGCAUUCAGAACAUGUAUUCUCACAAACACGGGCUUUGUCAAGUAGUCCCAAUUCUUCAUCAUGUCAAAGCGCAAACUCACAAACAAAAGCUGCUCCUAAACGAUAUCUGCCUAGUAUAGUUGACGAUGUAUUUGAAGAUUUGAAAAGCAAUCUUCGUCGACCAACAGAUGACAUUAGUUUAAGGCGGUAUAAGAUGGAUUAUCGCGAUGCCAAUUAUGGUCUAAAUAACAAAAAACUGAACUUGAAGCUACACGAUUUUGAAAGCCCAACCAAAGGGACAAUUAUAAAACAUUCGAUUAUUACUGAAGCUAUUUUCCGUACAACAUCUUUUCGGAAAGACAAUCUCAGCAAUCAGCUAAACCGUUAUAAGCUAUACACAGAAAAAUUUGAACGUAAAAGGAGAAAACUCAAAAAAACCGACAAUUUUUAG